AUGGUCCGGCCGCACGAACGAUGCAGAAUGGAUCUCCUCCGCACCAGACCCACGUGGACGGCCGCAGCACGACCGUCCAUAUGGGACCGUUUCAAGAGCCAUUUUCAUAUGAGACCCCCGGAAGACGAUGAACCCCAGUCUUGGUGGAUCGCUUCGACUGCCAUCCCGCUGGUGGCGGCUGCUGCCGGGCCGCUGGCUAAUGUUAUGUCGAUUGUCGCGCUAGUCAUGCCUUGGAGAAGCAAGAUAAUUGCAGAUGAAGUGGGACCAGGUGGGAAUAUCAUGCAAGAAGGAUAUCCUGAUCCUCACUGGAUCACUGCGCUGAACGCCGUUUCGCUAUUCUGCGGUGUAGUUGGGAAUCUCUUCUUACUUUUUAACUUCACUACUAUUGUUCGCUACAUCAUAGCGUUGCCGGUGACCAUCGUUUUGUGGUUCCUUGCUACUGGGAUUUUGUGCGGCCUCACCGCGUCACUAUCAAUAUACAACCCACCCAUUGGACCGACCGAUAUCUACUCGCAAGCCUACUGGAGUGCUGUCAUCGCGGCCAUCAUCUACUUCAUUUUGGCCUUUCUUUUGAUGAUCAACAUGUUCGGGUACUUUUUGGGAAGAUACCCGCAGCAUUUCUCUCUAACAGACGACCAACGGACUCUCAUCUUACAAAUGACUGCUUUUGUGAUCUGGCUGCUCGUUGGCGCUGCCAUUUUCCAAAGGGUGCUAGGGAUCUCAUUUGCAGAUGCGUUAUACUUUUCCGACGUCACAGUAUUAACCUUAGGCUUCGGCGAUGUGACUGCCCAUACGCCUGUUGGGAGGGGUCUGAUCUGGCCAUACGCGGUGAUUGGUAUUAUUCAACUGGGCUUGGUGGUUGGGAGUAUUCAUCGAUUCGCGCGGGAAGUCCAUUAUGACAACGUCGUCCGAAAACAUAUCGAACAAAAGCGACAGUCUACCUUUGAUCGAACUCUUACCUUGGACGACCCCCAUGAACCCCCGGAAGCAACACCUGCGCGAGGAAAUGGAGUUGUUCCGCCGGAGGAUACCUAUCAUCAGCACCAUCGACAUCAGCCAAUCCGCCACACUAUCCACGCCUUUGCUAAUAACCGCCGACCUAAACUCCUGGUGAUGAGAGAAGAAAAGGACCGGUUUGAUGCCAUGCGCGCAAUCCAGCAUGAGACCAUACGGUUCCGUCGCUGGAAUGAUCUGGUUAUCAGUAUUAUCGCGUUUGGCAUUGUGUGGAGUUGUGGAGCUGUCGUGUUCUGGCGACUGGAGCACGACAUGACCUACUUCGAUGGUCUCUACUUUUGUUUCUGCUCCCUGCUCACCAUCGGCUACGGCGACAUCACACCAAAAACGAAUGCGGGACGACCUUUCUUCAUCAUGUGGUCCCUCAUUGCAAUCCCAACGAUGACAAUGCUCAUUUCGCAAAUGAGUGAUACGAUUGUUGCCGGCAUCAAGCAGUCCACGGAAAAGUUCGCCGAUUAUACUGUCAUGCCUCAGUCUAAAUCAUACCGGUCUUGUCUGUCUCAUUUCCCGCCUCUCCUGCGGAUGCUAGAACGUCACGAGGAGAAACAGCGGGUGAAGAGUGGGUUCCCAAUCGGCGCCCUAGCGGAGGAUGUCGAAGAUCCAGAGAAUGAGUCAUCAUCAGCUCAGGGUGCCGAGAAAACGGCACCGCCUCGCAGACAUUCGAAUGAGGAGCAUCCGAUCAGAACAAUCGAAGAACUCGCCCUGGAAUCGAAUCCUUCACCCUUCGAACUGGCACAACAGCUCGUGUUUGCCAUCCGACGCACCACACAGGAUGCGCGUGAGGGUAAAAAGAAGCGAUACAGUUACGAAGAAUGGGUCGAAUACACGCGCUUGAUCCAGUUCACCGACCCGAAAUCACGACCAACCUCUUCGACCAUUGGAACCCAACGUACUGGAGACUAUAGUAUUUCGGUCGACGAGGAUGAGUUUGGCGUCUUGAACUGGGAUUGGAUCGGUGAGAACAGCCCCAUGCUAGCGCACAAAACUGAACCGGAGUGGAUAUUGGACCGGCUCUGUGAGAGCUUAAUUCGCUACGUGAGUACGCAGGAGCAGGCUCGAGCUGCUCAGGAUCAGUCUGAUGACCAGGUUGAAGAGCCGACGUUGCAGAAGCAGAGGGAUCUUGGUAUCGAUGAGACUUGA